UAUAAUACAUAGAAUUCGAUUCGUAUAUAAUAUACCACUACAAUACACAGUAUUAAACCACCACCCGGUCCACAGCCGUGGUCUAUUCCAAAGGGUCACGCAUGGCUAACGAAGUUGCCUAGCAGUCCGAAACUCAGUAGAGAGGAGAGAGAGAGAAUAAUGUUUUACGGUAGAGGGGGGAGAGAGAGAGAGAAAACAACGAACCCCUCCCCCAAGACCAUACCGAGCCCCGACGUCUUCUUCUCCCAGUCCAGUCGGCUGCUAACCUUCACCUGAGUCAGGUAGACGCCCAAAACAACAACAACAACAACAGCCGAGAAAGAGAGAGAGAGAGAGAGAACAUCUUUUUCUUUUUUCUCUUCUCUCACUCUCUUCUCUCCUUUGGGCCCUUUUGGUGUGUGCGUGUGGUUGUGUGUCUCGUUUUGGCUCUUUUUGUUUUUUAAAAUUUCACGUUGGCAAUGUGCACCUGAUUUAUUCGACUCGACAUUUCGUUUUAUGUGAGGGGAAAGACUUUAAAAAAAAAAUUUUCUGUCGGACGCCAUCAUCAUUGCUGGGCCCGGUUUUGCUCGGACAACUUUCUUUCAAAAAUCAUCACGACGACUCGCCAGUCGAGUUUGGCACGCUAUUAUCUCUCAUCGAUUUAUCGAUGCGACGUGACUGAAUGUACUCAGACAGUUCGAGUGAGGCUAUUGAGUCUGUCUGUAGACUCUCGACAAAGUUUUUUUUAAAAAAGAGACUACUCAAACGUGAUUUUCUCGGCAGAAAAACAGGUCUAAACAAUUAGAAGAGAAAAAGGGAACCACCUUGGGAGUCCUCGUUUUUGUUGCUUUCUGGAAAAGAACUCGUUGACAAGGACGAGAAAAACACACAAACACAUACCCCCAGUAUAUAAAAGGGUAUAGAAAAACAAAAGCAAAGUGCGUUUGGUGGGUCUCUGUUGGCGUAAGAAAAUCACACGGCUUAAAGUGUUUUUGUGGUUUCCAGUGGCGGAAAGAAAAACAGAUUUUUCCAACGAAAAAAGAAAAAUUGAAUUCAGAACAAUCAACAAAACGACGAUCCGACCCGACCUUUUGGAGUCUUAAAAGAAACGUUGCCAUUAGACACAAAACACAUCAACAUUUUGAAAAAAAUUCCUUCUCGACAACUAAGUGAAACAAACGUUUUGCCAAGGUACUACAUGGAAAAGUAUAGUAAUCGAGAAAUCAUCAGUGAAAGAAAAGAAAAUAAAAAAAAAACCUGGUGGUGUUACCUGUGCGCGGUUCAUUCAACUCCGGUCGGGAGCAGCUUUUGUCUGUGUGUGUAUUCCUAUAUAGCUCUCCGUGAUUUUCCGACAAGACUCUUCAUCUUUUUUCUCAACUCAUUUCCCCCUCUUCUUUGAAAGAAGGUGGGUGGGUUUUUUCUUCGUUUUUUGGCUAUCAAAGAAGAAGAAGAAGAAGAAGACUGGCUCCAACGUGAACGUCUAGUGUGUGUGGCGCCAGUUGAAACUCUGCGUUCGUCCCCUCUACAAUUGUGUCUUUUUUUUUCUUUUUAUCAGAUCAGAGGGAAGAAAAAGUUGAGUUUCGGCUGGAGGGUCAGAAAAUAAAAGAGAGGGGGAGAGAGAGAACAACCCAUCGUCGUGAGCCACACAGCGAUAUGACGAAAAAAGCAUCUGGCGUCCAACUCAUCUGUCGAUUGCGUGUAGCCGAGUGAAAGUGAGCUGCCGGUGGACGCUACCAGUCGAUUCGACCCGCACGAAAACAACAACAACAACAAACACAGAAAGAAAUAAAAGAAAAGAAAAAUCAACGAAACCCAAGAAUAGCCUUUCAAAAGAAGAAAGAAAAUAAAGCGACAGACCAGUUCCAGCAGCUCUUUCUGUGGGUGUUGUCUCCGGCAUAUUCGAUUACAAUCGAUGCCCCGUUUUGUUAUUAAUGGGCCAGCGUUCUAUAGUAGUGUCGCCGCCUUCAAGAAUAAAAACACUGGCAAUAACUGGAUUAGAAGCGAUUCUUUUUCCUCCCUCUUUCUCACUGCUGUCCUCGCCCGUCUCAAGGUGCGUGAGUCCCAACCCGAGUGCCGUGAAAGAAGGGCGUAGAAGCCGUGGGGAUGUUGGGCGAUCAAGCGGUGUAUAGGGCUGUUGUUCGUCAUUCGAUUAUUCUCUGACCUAAUGUCACGAAUAAUAAUGAAGUGACUCUUGACCCUUCAACUUGCGCCCCUUUUUUCCCACACACACACAAGAACAAGGACCAAGUGAAUUUCCACCGUGCAACUUUCUCAUCGCCAUGUCUUCAAUGAAGAAUCGCACGACGGAGCGAUCCAAACCGUCAACGGCCACCAUCAUCAAGAUGACAGAUUGGAGUCCUAUCCGGGAAGCGUCGGCUGUUCGAGUGGCUGCCGCCACAGUGGCCGCCACGGCUGUCGUUUGGAUGGACUCGACGAGAUUGGAGCUGCCGCCGCCGCCGCCGCCGCCGCGGCAGAAACGCUCUACCGCCGCGCCGGUUAUCUCCAGCGUAGAAGAGGCGCGACAGAUUAUUGCCCGGCUAACCGAACGCAACACGGCGCAAGGUCACCUCCUCCAAGCCUGGAAACAAAGACUCAAACAACAGAACGAAGCGCUGUUCGGACUGCACUCUGCACGGGAGGAACAGAUGCGGUUGUUGACCUCGCAACUCCUCCUCCUGGAAGCCAAUCUACGCGCAAAGCAGGGGAAGAUUGAUGGGUUGUUGAACCAACGCGACCGGAUCAUCAGCGGUCAGCAGGAGACGAUUCGUUCACUUGAGCGCGAGUUGGAACGGUGCCGAAAUUGCGCCCCGUCAUCGGCAUCCAGCAACCAGCAGCAGCAGCCGGCAUCAUCCGCUCCUAGUAGCAUCCGGCCGCAGUCUCUUCCGCUGACUCCAUCGGCGGAGAGCAAUAGCGAUCGGGAGGAAGAAGAGGUGAACUCUGACAAGACCAGCCAAGAUGAGUCAUCCAGCAACAGUUGUCGCCCGUCACCUUCGACGGUGACGAAUCCUUCGACAACUCAACUUCAAGUGCGGGUUCUCGGCCGGGAGCAGGGAGAUGAAAGUCUCGACGACAGCGACUCUGCCGUCGUCAUCGAUGACGACGCCCACAGGCAUUCGCCCACUUUCGCCCAAAAUUCUCAGCAGGUCAGAAUUAUCCGGAGCAUAUCGGACGUGGUGGAUUCAUCUCGGGCCUGUCUCACCAUUUUCAGAGAGACGAGCCAGCACAGCACGCAGCCGGGCAUCCUGAAAUCCACCCGAUUGGUGCGGAAUCACCAGCGACGGGUCAUGUUCCUCCAGCCGGAAGAAGAGAAGGAAGAAGACGGCGGAAUCGACGAAGAAGAAGAAGAAGAUUUGGAAGAUUCGAUCGGCAGCAGUGGCAGUGGCAGCAGCAGCGACGAUAGUCCGUUCAACAAACGAGGCCACAAGACAUUCCUCCGGGGCUCUUUCGAGCGGAUGCCAGUCAAUCAAGAUUCGACUGGCAGCCGCGGAUCGGGUCUGUCGUCGUCAUCCUUCUCGCUCCGCGCCGCCAAUUGCAGCAACCAUCGAUCUGUCACGCGGCCGCGCGACGUCAAAUUCAAGAAAAACAAUAAAUGUCCGUGGAAUAAGUCCAGCACUUCGCUCGACGAAUGUUCGCCGUCGACUCCAUCAGCGUCACAGGAAUUCCAAAUCUCCUGCUCCCACCAGGUCUGACGUGUACAUGCAUCGAAAAAUGGGAAGAAGAGAAAACGCCUCACACAUUCCGUUAACAUGUAUUCACAUUCUGAUGAUCCGCGAGUUAUUAUUAUAGAUUUGUUGCACUCCACUGUGAUUUCAGCUAUACACGUCUGCUGUGUGUGUUUUGAUGUCGGGUAGUAGCUCACGCUGCUCGUAGAAGAGAGACAAUACCGCCAAUGGCAUUUGGUCAAA